AUGAACGGUGACUUGGUUCUACAACAAGGCUAUGGCCACCCUCAUCAACAGUGUCGGGCUAACCAGCUUCCAUUAGCUGCACAAGAAUUUCAUACUCCUUCCCUCGCCUCUGUCACAUACCCUCGAUGCAGCCCAUGGUCGUCUGCUCCCCCCCCCCUCUUUUGCAGCUGCGCCACACACUUCACCGAGCACUGUCUUGCAAUCUACGUUGACUCUGAGGAUUUGGCCUACCUGUCCCUUGGUUGCCUUGUCGACAUUACAAUGAUGGUCCUUGCUUAUCAUUGUGAAAUUGACAUAGUACUACGUGCCUCCAUCACUAUGCCUCAAAUUGUUUUGAUAUCGGGUGCUAAUGUCCCCACCACCACGUUAACAUUGUCGGCUUGCAACUUGUUCACAUUCAGAGAUUUUGACGACAAUUGUACAGGGUGA